AUGCCCCGCAACCUACCAUGGCUGAUGAACGCAGCAACGACAACAAUCAAACGAGAACCAAAGGCCUCUUCUUCAGAUACACCGCGUCGAACCGUGAAGCGCGAGAGCAGAGCCAAGGAGGAAGAAGCAGAAGAAGAAGAAAACGAUGUGACACCAAAAGCCGAGGCGGCGAUGACUCCAGGGUCGAGGAUGAAGAAGCGCGAUUUCAUGCGGUCUUCUCCUACGCCGCCGUCCUCUCCCAUCCAUCGCUGCCCGUCUGAAGAAUACCUCCGCGAAGGCUUCGACAACGACGACAUAUACAUGAUGGUCGAAGACGAAUUCUACGCGGUCGCGCAAACCUUCACCCAACACCUACACUACGCAGAAUACGUCCGACGGAAGAAAGAGGCCAAGCUGCAGAAUGCCACCACCAUACAGAAUAUCGCUCGACCGACCGAUGGCGUAACUGCGCAGAGCGAGGAAGCUAAACGCAAGGCUGCGGCGGAGGAUUUGUCCGCUCAGCAGAAGGAGGGGCUGCAGAAGAUGGUGGAGGGUGGACGACCUGCUAUAGAUUCGGAAGAGGAGGAGGAUGAUGAUGAUCAGGAGGAUGAUACUUGGGCGGGUACGUCGCUGCAUGAUCUGCUAAUUAGUCCACGAAAGGCGCGGUCGUUAGUCGGCAUGCAGGGUAUCAAGUCGACGACGCGGGCGGCUGCUGGACUGGGGGCGUCAGCAGGGAGCGGCGCGGUUACCGAUGGGGCGGCAAGGGAGCGACAGGAUGCGAUGGAGGACGGCGAUCAACUGGAUGAAACGACGGAUGACGACGAUCUAGACGCACGGACGAGGACCCUGACGGGGCCGAGUCGUGUACAGCAUCAGCAUCGUACUGCUACGCCUACGCCUAUGCCUACUGCUGCUAGCUCGCGAAGCAGCCCGAUGAAUAAUCGAUCUACAGGGGACAGUGGAAUCAGAAGAGUGCAGUCUAUGAGUGGUAGAUACAGUACACCGAGGGCGACCAGAUCCAAGAAGAGAUUAAUAUUCGAUGAUGACUUUGACGGGCUUCCAGAGCCGUCUCGGUCAAGCAAUCAGAUGCAGGGCCCGAUAUCAUCCCCGUCAUUAGGUCGAAGAGCACCAAAUCCACGAGGCCCGGAUCCAAAGGCAAAGAAAUCGCGUCUCAAUGAAGUUCCAACAUUCUUGUUUUGA